UGGGGAGAGACCAACAGCCCUCACCGAGGGAGGCCGCGGCCGCCAGGGCGAGGUGGCUGCGUGGGGGCAGUAACGGGAGAGGGGGCCCGAGUUCUGAAAGCCCCGGGCUGUAAAACGUUUGGGUCCAGAAUGAAACUCUGAUCCACAGAAGCUUUCCUUGCCCUGCGCUCUAACCCCUGCUGGUGUCUGGAAGCGGGUAGACUGGAGGAUUCUAAAGAGUUUGAGGUUGUGUAACUAUCCAGAAACACACGAUAGAGCCCUCUUUCAGCAAGUAUUCUUGGUUAAGUCAUGAAAAUGGAAUUGGAGCUUGUUUUCCCCCUUUGUAUGGUAAGUCCAGCUGUGAGCAGGGUGUUCUGUUCUUCACUUCCAGCAAGCCAGAGUUUUAUAAAUGGACGCUGACAUGGACUACGAAAGACCCAACGUGGAAACCAUCAAGUGCGUGGUUGUGGGAGACAAUGCCGUGGGGAAGACACGCUUGAUCUGUGCCAGAGCGUGUAAUACCACGCUGACACAGUACCAGCUGCUGGCUACCCAUGUCCCCACCGUGUGGGCCAUUGACCAGUACCGAGUCUGCCAGGAGGUCUUGGAACGUUCCCGGGAUGUUGUUGAUGAAGUGAGCGUUUCUCUCAGGCUUUGGGACACGUUCGGAGAUCAUCACAAAGACAGGCGUUUUGCAUAUGGCAGGUCCGAUGUUGUGGUCCUCUGUUUUUCGAUCGCUAAUCCCAAUUCCCUAAAUCAUGUGAAAACCAUGUGGUAUCAAGAAAUCAAGCACUUUUGCCCUCGCACACCUGUUGUUCUAGUUGGCUGCCAGCUAGAUCUCCGCUAUGCUGAUCUUGAAGCUGUUAAUAGAGCCAGACGCCCUUUAGCAAGGCCCAUAAAGAGAGGGGAUAUUCUGCCCCCAGAAAAAGGCCGAGAGGUUGCAAAGGAGCUGGGUAUACCCUACUAUGAAACAAGCGUGUUUGACCAGUUUGGCAUCAAAGACGUGUUUGACAAUGCAAUCCGAGCGGCGCUCAUUUCCCGACGGCACUUGCAGUUCUGGAAAUCCCACCUGAAGAAAGUCCAGAAACCUUUACUUCAGGCACCGUUCCUACCUCCAAAAGCGCCCCCACCGGUCAUCAAAGUUCCAGAAUGUCCCUCCACAGGGACGAACGAAGCUGCCUGUUUACUGGACAAUCCUCUGUGUGCCGACGUCCUCUUCAUCCUCCAGGACCAGGAGCAGAUCUUUGCACACCGAAUUUACCUCGCUACCUCCUCUUCCAAGUUUUAUGAUCUUUUUUUAAUGGACUGUGAAGAAACCCCCCACUGGAGUGAAGGAGCUUGUGAGAGAGAGAAGCAAAGCAGGGAUUCCCAGGGGUGGGCACAGAGUCUUGACCCAGAUGAGGAAAGGGAAGAGGGCACCCCAAGGACGCCUCAGGCUGAUCAGUGGACCCCCUCGAGCCAGAACCUGUCUCAACAGGAGACCCCGGGGCUGGAAGCCGAGAACUUGGUGGCAGAGACACAGACCUUGUUGGACUGGAGUAAAGGGUUCAUUGGCAUGCACAAGGAGAUGCAGGUCAACCCCAUCUCAAAGCGGCUGGGCCCCAUGACCGUGGUCAGGAUGGACGCGUCCGUCCAGCCAGGCCCUUUCCGGACCCUGCUCCAGUUUCUCUAUACGGGGCAACUGGAUGAAAAGGAAAAAGAUCUGGUGGGCCUGGCUCAGAUUGCAGAGGUCCUGGAGAUGUUUGAUUUGCGGAUGAUGGUGGAAAACAUCAUGAACAAGGAAGCCUUCAUGAACCAAGAGAUUACGAAAGCGUUUCACGUCCGGAAAGCCAAUCGGAUAAAAGAGUGUCUUAGCAAGGGGACAUUCUCAGAUGUGACAUUUAAGUUGGAUGAUGGAGCCAUCAGUGCCCACAAACCGCUGCUGAUCUGUAGCUGCAAGUGGAUGGCUGCCAUGUUCGGGGGGUCAUUUGUCGAAAGCGCCAACAGUGAGGUAUAUCUCCCAAACAUAAACAAGAUGUCAAUGCAGGCAGUACUGGAUUAUCUCUAUACUAAGCAGUUGUCACCUAACUUGGACCUGGACCCACUGGAACUAAUUGCCUUGGCAAACAGAUUUUGCCUGCCACACUUGGUUGCACUUGCAGAACAGCACGCCGUUCAGGAGCUGACCAAAGCCGCCAUGAGUGGUGUGGGCAUUGAUGGGGAAGUUCUCUCUUACUUGGAAUUGGCCCAGUUUCACAAUGCCCACCAGUUGGCCGCCUGGUGUUUGCACCACAUCUGCACCAACUACAACAGUGUUUGUUCGAAGUUCCGCAAGGAAAUCAAAUCAAAAUCUGCAGACAACCAGGAAUACUUUGAGAGGCACCGCUGGCCUCCCGUGUGGUACCUGAAGGAAGAAGACCACUACCAGCGCGUGAAAAGGGAAAGAGAGAAGGAAGAUAUUGCACUAAAUAAACAUCACUCGAGAAGAAAGUGGUGCUUCUGGAAUUCAUCUCCAGCGGUCGCCUGAGGCGGAAGAGGAAAAAAAAUCAGAAAUCUGACACCCCACUCUUAAAAGCACUACUGUAAAAUUAGUCUUAUUUUUAGAGAUAACAUGUAGUUCAGGUUUCAGGCACUGAUCUUCCUCCACUUUUGUGCAUUUAUCUUUGUUGGGAUCAAAGCACAAGCUCACCAUCCAUGAGCCUGGACAAAAAGGGAAGUUGACGCUCACUGCAUUCCUUAAACUUAUAUGUAUAUUUUUUGUUAGAAGGCUUAAUAAACUUUAGUCUGUUAUCUCAUUUCUUUUUAUACAAAGGAAAAAAAAUCCAGCUUUCAAGUUUCGAAUUCCAAAUUGGAAAAUAUUUUUAUAUGGUCUCUUGUAAAUGAAAAUACUGUGUAUUACUUUAUUUUACAGGCCACACAUUAACCAUGAAGUCGCCCUGCGAUUCUCUUUGCCCACGUAACCACCGAGCAUUAUUACUUAAUUAGAGGGAUAUCCUUUUGUCAUGAAGUGAAGGGUUGGAAUGAAAUUCCCCAAAGUACAAUUUAGGGAGUGUUUCAUCUUUGUUCUGCCGAAUAACAUCGGUAUAAUUACCAAGUCAACUCCAAGAAUCUGUAUUUACAAUAUUUACUGUGUAAGUGCUAGUAAUUAUAUGGUUAUAUGUGCCAUGUAAAAUAUAGUGAUAUCAAAUCUUCUGUUGUUUAAAAUGUCUAGAUUUAAGAGGAUAAUCUUUAUAAUCAUUAGAAGGGCUUAUUAAAUCCCAGCAUUAUCCAGGGCAAACUCUCUGGUGGACCUGAAUACAAAAGAUACCACAAGAGCGCUGGUGUUUGGAUUGCUAUAUGAAGAUGUCCGUCUCUCAGUGUUCCUUGAUCUUGCCAUGUUUCUGCAUGCAGUUUUGCUACUGACUUGAAUCGAGAUGGGCAAGGGUAAGGGUCCCCGGACUCUGUCCCCUCAUCUGCAGACUUGUCACAUCUCCCCACCAGAAACAGGCUUCCUCAGGUCUCUCACCUGCGGCCAACUUCACUUUGUAAGACCCAUGUUUUUAACUCUUCCCAGGGAAAAUUCACGUUGCUGCAGAAGUAGACCAAGGCAGACCACCCACCCCUGCUGAAAUUCAGUGGGAGGGCCUGUGAAGGCACAGAGCUGGAGGCUGGGUCGUCUAAGGUCACUGCAUUCUCCAACGCAGACGGGAAUUUUACUCCAAGAGUCUAGGAAAUGGUGCUAUUGUGAGUUCUGACCCUUUGUCAUUCUGAGUUUUCAGUGUUAAAAUAGAAAGUAUUGAACAGGGGGGCUUUUGAGAGGCCAUCAAUCACUGCUUCUCUGUAAAUUAAAAUGUUACAGCAUUCACACAGAGCAUUUUAAGGCCACAGUUCCAUACCUGUUUUGGGAUGUUGUGUGGUGGAGGCUGGGCUUAUUCUGUUCAGAGGUGAAUUUACUGAUACUAAAAGCUGUUGAUUUUUUUUUCCUAGCUUUCAGAAGUUGGAAAAGAGACAGUUGAGCCCAAACUCCAAUGUUAACAACCAAAUAUAUUUGAAAAUCUAUCCAGAUUACAGAUAAGCACUUAUUGCUGGCAGUGGAUACAUACCAGUUAGCAAAGUUGGGAGAGGCCCAGAAAUGUUAUCACUCUCUCAUGACAAAGGACUGGGCAUUAGAGUAGGGAAGGAUGGGAUGAUUGUAAACACAUCUACCUUAGUUUUGGGUCAAUAGGUUGUAAGUCAUGAAUGGAAGGAGAAAGGAGACAGAAUGAGAGGAAGAAUCAGCAUAUAUCCCAUCAUAGAAUGAUAGAAGUCGAGUUUUCAAUGAAUAGUCAGAGUUGAAUUUAUACAACCAAAGCUCCAAUGUGAUUGUAAUCUUGCCAAAAUGUAAUGGACAUGUAAAUGAACCUGGGGUAUAAGCAAUAAUAUCCACUAGUGUUAUCAGCUACUGUAACCAAGUGGCUGGUUCAUUUGGUUGAUGCUGAUUAUGGCCUUUACCCAUGGUGGUUUGUUUUGUUUUGUUUUUUAUUUCACAAAAAGCCAAUAAAAUUGUUUAGCUAUAAAA